UGAUCAAGGGAGAUCACUCUCUGCUAAUUAAACAAAUUUGGCGACUGUUUGAAUGGGACUUAAUUUGUAUGUUGCGAAUUUUCGGUAGCUGAACGAUGUUGGAAAGAAAAUAAAAACUGCAACCUAAGGAUGAAUUUCUCAGAGUUGUUUCGUCAGUCCAACCAAAUUUGCAGGUUUUCACCGGAUGGAAAAUACCUUGCAUCUGUUGUAGAAUUCCGACUUGUAAUCAGAGAUGUUGACACAUUCCAGAUACAGAACCUGUUCAGCUGUAUGGACACUAUCCAGCAUGUUGAGUGGUCUGCGGACUCACAGUUCAUACUGUGUGGCCUCUACAAGAGGGGCCUUGUGCAGGUCUGGUCCCUGGAGCAGCCCGAAUGGAAGUGUAAAAUAGAUGAGGGGUCUGCGGGGCUCUGUGAUGUCAGAUGGAGUCCGGACAGUCGCCAUAUCCUAACGACAGCCGACUUCCACCUGCGUAUCACGGUUUGGUCCCUUGUGACCAAGUCUGUGUCGUACAUCAGGUACCCCAAGCAGUGCCAGAACAACAUUGACUUCAGCGCAGAUGGAAAGUACUUGGCUCUGGCAGAGAGAAGAGAUUGCCAGGAUUUCAUCAGCAUAUUUGCCUGCAACACGUGGGAGCUGUUGAAGCACUUUGAGAGCAGCACAGACGACAUGGCGGGUCUGAGAUGGUCCCCAGAUAGCACCGUACUGUGUGUGUGGGAUAAUGCCCUCAACUACCUGGUGUUACUGUACUCCCUGGAUGGACGCUGCCUAUCAAAGUUCAGUGCCUACGAGUACGCACUUGGUAUUAAAACACUAACGUGGUCGCCAACCAGUCAGUUCUUGGCUUUAGGUAGCUACGAUGAGAAACUGAGGCUCUUAAAUCACGUGACCUGGAAGACGAUAACGACGUUCUCCCAUCCGGAGACUGUGAACGAGACAUCGGCAGUCGUGUACAAGGAAGUAGAAACACGGACGCCACAGCCAGUGAAGAGCGAUCUCACUGAUAUUCCCACUGCUGCCUUGUUCUCUCCACAGAGCAGGUACGAGGUACAGUCUGCGCCUGUGAAAGUCCCUGUCGUCAUUCCAGACACCAACAAAGCCAACCCUAGACGGGGCGUUGGGUUGACGGCCUUUAGCAAAGAUUGCAAGUACAUGUACACCCGCAACGAUAACAUGCCGCAUACGCUGUGGAUCUGGGACAUACAGAAGCUUGCCCUGUGCGCUGUCAUCAUUCAGGCGGCACCUAUCAAGCACGUGGAAUGGGACCCCUUGAAAACGAGACUGGCCCUGUGUACGGGCGUAAACAAGCUGUACAUGUGGUCGCCGGCUGGCAGCCUGUGUGUGGAGGUCCCCGUUGAGGGAACGUUCCAGGUGCAUGCACUCAAGUGGCACCCCGAUGGGGGCUCGCUGCUCUUGCUGGGGAAAGACAUGAUGUGCAUCUGCUACCUGAACGAUGUCUCCAGUGAAGCUGAGGAUGUGUCAGCUGACUGAGCAAUUCAGUCGCGGUCUGGGAUAACUGGGCGUAAUGCAUGAGCAUUAAGUGUCGUCAAAUAUUAGCCUGUGCACUCGGCACUUUCUAAUCCGGGACGACAGUUUCCGCUUUCAUGUUAAUUUUUGUUUCAAUGAAGUCUCUUCUUAGCUAAAAUACAGUUCAGGCGGAAAGUGUUGUUCUUGAUUAGCCUGUGCAGACUGCACAGGCUAAUCUGUGACAACACUUUAUGCACAUACAUGAAGCCCAGUUUUCCCUAAACGAGGCUUAUUUGUCUGUGGACUAGUGAGUUGUCUGAAUGUGAAGCAUGAAUGUUGCAGACAUCAUUCAGCGCAAACCUUGAAAAGAUAGGAGUUUUGUUUCCAUAUACUGUAAAAUCAUUGUAUAUGUCGCCACUAAAUUACCUGAGUUUUCAAAACAAUGUCCUUUUUGUGGGCACGAUUUUGAAAAAAGUGAUUAGGAAUGAGUGAAGGUGAUUUUCUGAGGUGUUUGUAUUAAAUUAGUGGAUCGCUCAACCCACAAAAUUAAAUGAAAAUUUUUGUCCAACGAAUAGUAAUGAUUUUACAGUAUGAUUUUUUCUUUGAAUGGCGAUUCAAAGGACUUUUGGAAAGUUUGUGUCUUAACCUUUGUAACAUAUUUUGCACCAAAGAGUGCACAUUCAGGAGUUACACGCAUAUUGCCAUCUCAAUGAGUUUGUCUUAACGGAGGUUCAGAAAGUAAUGAAAAUGCUUGAUAACCACUGUAGAACUUGCAGACGUUUGUGCGCUGAUAUGCAGAUAUAGAGCUCAGUGAUAUUUCUGUGAUAUUUACAUGUAUGUACCUAGUUGUAGGCUCCGUGAUGUUGGAGGCAUUUACUGAUUUGUACUGUCUGUUUAUCCAUCCCUCUGUUAGUCUCUCCAUUAGUAACGAAUGCAGUAGAUCUUGCUGUUUCAUCUGGUGCCAACACCUACAUGUAUUGGUAAACUAUUUCAUUCUGGCACAAUUGUUGCUAUGACACCUUACAAAUUAACGGCUUGAUCUUGGCUUAAUUCGGGCUAUCAUUUUUUUUAACUAGAUUUUUCCAUAUUAUUUAGCAUCAACACUAUAUACAAUCAAUGCUUGGAUACUAACUAUGUUGUUGCUUACUUACUUUGACCUUGACCCAUCCAGCACCAAUCGGGGGGGGGGG